UACGAGUACUUAACAAGAAAUGAUGCCCCUUUGAGUCAGAAGUGUUAUUUUAGUCAAACAAAAUGAACUUGAAGAAACUUCAAUUUCCAGAUCAACUUCAACACUUCACUUCUUCCAUUAAAAGGAAAGUAGUUUCUGGCUUUGGUUUUUGCCUAGUAACUUCAUUCAUUAUUUUGAGUCUUUUACUAUUGACUCUCUCAGUAAAGACUCCAUUUUUAGGAUCAGUAUUUAAUACUUUUAGUUACCAUAAUACUUCCAUUCUUUCUUGGCCCUUCUCUGCAUUUCCUGAUAAUAAUAGUUCUAGUGCUAAAGAUUCACAGCAAUUGCGCAUUUUGAAUGGAACUUUUGAAAGAAAAACUGAUUUUUUUUUAGGAAAUGCUAAUGUGGGAAAUUCCUCCAAAAAGGUGAAUAUUCAAGAAGCAAGAAUUACAAACAAUACCCAUGUGUUAAAUGUGUCUCAAGUUGAUAAAAAUGUAAAAAAUUCCAGUGAAAGUGCUAAUUUUGAUGGGAAAUUGUUGAACUUUUAUGGGGAUUGUGACAUAUUUGAUGGUGAAUGGGUUAGAGAUGAUUCAAAACCAUAUUAUCCAGCAGGGUCCUGUCCUUAUAUUGAUAGGGAUUUUGAUUGUCAUCUUAAUAAGAGGCCAGAUGAUACUUAUGUUAAGUGGAGAUGGCAACCAUAUGCUUGUAACAUUCCAAGCAGCCUAAAUGCAACUGAUUUUCUGGAGAGACUGAGAGGGCAAAAGCUUGUGUUCGUGGGAGAUUCAUUGAACAGAAACAUGUGGGAGUCCCUUGUUUGCAUUCUUCGCCACCGUGUGAAAAACAAAAAGCGAGUUUAUGAGAUAUCGGGGAAACACAAAUUCAAAAAGAAGGGCUUUUAUGCAUUCAGAUUUGAGGAUUAUAAUUGUACUGUGGACUUUGUUGGCUCUCCAUUUCUUGUUAGAGAAUCAUCUCUGAAUGGCAAAAAUGGAUCGUUUGAGACACUAAGGUUGGAUUUAAUGGACCACACAACCUCUAUGUAUUAUGAUGCGGAUAUUAUAAUUUUCAACACAGGCCAUUGGUGGACGCAUGAGAAAACCUCUAGAGGGGUAGACUACUACCAGGAAGGUAAUCACGUGCAUCGACGACUCAAGGUUCUAGAGGCAUAUAAGAGGGCACUUUCUACAUGGGCAAGUUGGGUGGAUAAGAACAUUGAUGGAAGCAGAACUCAAGUUAUUUUUAGAGGAUAUUCAGUCUCACAUUUCAGGGGUGGUCAUUGGAACUUAGGCGGACAGUGCGAUAAAGAAACCGAACCAAAAAAUAACAAGGCUCAUUUGACAAAGUACCCUUCAAAGAUGAAAGUCCUCCAACGUGUGAUUAUUAAUAUGACGACUCCAGUAAUUUAUAUGAACAUUAGUAGGCUUACAGACUAUAGAAAAGAUGGCCACCCCUCAAUUUACAGACAGGGGUAUGAACAGAUUGCCAGAGUACAUGCUCAAGAUUGCAGUCAUUGGUGCCUACCUGGAGUGCCCGAUAGUUGGAACGAGUUGCUAUAUGCAUCUCUGCUGAAGAGCAGACGAGGCUUGUGGAGGAACUGAUUGGAAAGGAUUAAUGUCCAGUCAUUUUUAUUCUUUUCUAGUCAUUCAUUCAUUGUAUUUUGAUUUGUGUCGAUCAUGAGUCUGCUGUCCCUUAUCGGGACAUAGCAUCUAGUAAGCUCUAAGCCUAAAGAAGUAACGUUACUGAGGCUCUUCCUGCUAAAAUCAGUCUUAUGUACCAUUGUGUUCAUGUAACCACCAUUCUAUAACGUAAUCAGCUCUAAUGUAUAUUGAACUUCA